AUGCUCUAGAAAAUACCACAUACCAAAAAGUCCACCUCUAAGCAACAGAGAGCUCAGAGGAAACGGCAGAUUGGAUCCCCCUGAGUUCAUCCCCACCCAGGCAGCAGUAAUCCGACGAGUAUAAAUCCCAAAAUGCAAUUGACGUGGCAGAGAGAUCAACUAAAUCUAAUACUUCCGAUUGCUGUGAUUUGUUGUUGUUUCCUAAUCGACGUAACCAACGCUCAGGAGGCCCAACAACCAUGGUACGAGAAUCUGCCAGCGGUGGCUAUGGACUACAAGGUUCACAUAGAUGCUGGUAAGGAGGACUGCUACCAUCAAUACGUUAAGGCGGGAGCCACCUUCUACGUGUCCUUCAGUGUGGUGCGUGGAGGCGAUGGAAUGGCUGGAUUCGCCGUCCGCAAUCCUGCUGGUGAAGUGGUGAAACCCUACCAGUGGCAGGCAACUGCGGAUUACACGGAUCAGGUGUCGCCGGGUGGCUACUACUCCGUCUGCAUCGACAACCAGUUCUCCCGAUUCGCUGGCAAGCUGGUCAAUAUCUACAUCACAGUGGUGAAGUACGAUGCCUGGGACAAGUACGCCAAGGAGAUCGAACAGCUGCAGCUGAACAUGCAAAACUUCACCGCGACCAUUGGCACUGUGGAGCGCAACAUCAACGAUAUGAUGGGCUUUCAAGCGCACAGCCGGCAUCGCGAAUCGCGUGACUAUGCGUUGCUCCUGGACAACAAUGCCUACAUUCAAACCUUUUCGAUUAGCCAAAUUGUGGUCAUAUUGAUCACGUGCUCUAUACAGGUCUUCUUUGUGCGCAAACUUUUUGAAGUCAAAUCGGGCUCCAAAAGUCGCAUCUAAGGCACACAGAUACUUUUCAAAGACUUCGCAGUUUGCUUUAAAAAUUCCAUACGCAUUUCCAAGACAUUCAUUCUUUCCGCUGAACCCCUUUCGCGUUUUUAUAACUUAUUUUAUAACCGGCUAUCUGAUCAAGUGAAACUAAUCAGACUUUUUUAUAUUUGGGACUACUUUUAUAACUUAUUUUAUCACUGGCUAACUGAUCAAAAGAAACUGAGCAGACUUUUUUAUAAUUGGGACUACUUAUGUCAUACGAGUUAUAGACAGCAAAACUUAUUGUGAUAAGUGUACAUUUGUGUGUUUUGUUCAAUUAAAAUAUUGAAGAUUUUUGUA